GAAAAUGAACAAAAAGGGUUGUAGGGUUUUACAGAAGCUGAGAUAACUCUUCUUCUUCUUUUUGUCGGCAAAAAAAAAAAAAAAAAUCUUUGAAGAGAAGGGGAAAUUAGAGGAAUCAAUCGAUGAGGCAAUUAAAAUUUCAUGAGCAGAAGCUGUUGAAAAAAACUGAUUUCAAUGUGUUUAAGAGAGAACAUGGACACAGAGAAAUUCAAGUUACUCGUAGGUAUAAUCUCACCGGGAGAGACGAUUACAAGAAGUAUAAUGGAAUGUGCCGGAUGGUGCAAAAGCUCGUUAACAUCUUGAAACAGAUGAAUCCAAAAGAUCCUUAUCGAAUUGAGAUAUCUGAUAGACUCCUUGAGAAACUGUACAAUAUGGGUGUCAUUCCUACCAGGAAGAGUUUAGCUCUUUGUGACAAAUUAUCUGUAACUUCCUUUUGCAGGCGAAGAUUAGCAACUGUUUUAACUCAUUUGAAAUUUGCGGAGCAUUUGAGAGAAGCUGUGAUGUUCAUUGAGCAAGGGCACAUCCGAGUUGGACCAGAGACAGUUACAGAUCCUGCCUUCCUUGUGACAAGAAACAUGGAAGACUUGAUAACGUGGGUGGACACAUCCAAGAUAAAGACGAAAGUCUUGGAUUAUAAUGACCAAAGGGAUGAUUAUGAUGCAAUGAAUUGAGUGUAACACCCAGGAUUAUUUGUUCGGAUAUUAGCACUCGGUUAGUUUAAGGUUUCUUUUUCUAGAGUGUUGAUAAACAAUGGAUACGAAUAUUAUGUAUUUUGCUUUUUAGUUUGUUGUUAGUCCGGCUUUGAUGCAAAAAAAGGGAUUUUAUUAAUUAGAAAUAUAAGAGACAGUAUGAUCCAUAUCCUCCAAUAUUGCACUAGCAAUAAAACUUGGAGGUUAUGCAUUCCAAGUCUGAGAAAUACUGUGAAUUCUAAUAGUAGUUGCCUAAUUGAGAUGUUCUGUUUGAUUACAAAACACAGUGUAAUGAACUGUGAAGCUUGUUAUACAGUCAGUCAUUGCCAA